UUAAAAAACGCCACGUUUCUCGUUUUCUCGUCCAAUCGCCAAGCUGCGCUGUUCGAAGCUAUGCUUUCAACGUGUUCUGUACAAUUACGUGUCCCAAUCGCCGCUUGUUAUAAAUCUCCGCUCUUUCUUCUUCAUUUUUUCCUCACUUCACACCAUUUCUUCUAUCUCUCAUUUCCCUCAUCUUUCUAUCUCCACCGUUUCUUAUCCUUGCUUUCCCAUCAAUGGACGCUAACGGAAGAGGUGGUUGCUGCAUCGCUCGAUAUGUUGGCCCUUCACAUGACAUGUCUAAAGUCGACCGUAUAAUGCUCAGAUUCCGCCCCAUUGCUCCGAAGCCGGCGGUUUCUUCUGGAUCUGCUUCUGCCGAUUCCACUCCGGAGAAAUCUGAGGUUACUGGAAGAGUUGGUAGGGGGAAGAAGAGGUGUAAUAGGGACACCGGAACUAAGCGGUGCAAUAACAGAAGGAAGAAGAGUAGUGUUGGAAACGAUGCCGUUUUGGGUUCUUCGGUGGUUACGACGUUACCGCUUUUACCGGAGAUGCCUGAUUGUGUGAAGAGAGAAGGAAGAAACGCGCCGGUUUGGUUGAGUUUCGAGGGAGUGAAAGAGGAUCGGACGGUGGUGUCGUCGGCGGUAGCGGUGCCGCAGGCGGUGAGGAUGGUGGCUUCGUCGGUGAUAGUGGAGCGCGUGGCAGAGAUCACGUGGGGAGAAGGGGAGGAGUUGGGGUGUACGGAUGAGGAGAGGAGGAGGAAUCUAGAGAGGGACACAUGUCCUGGGUUUAUAUCCGACGGUGGAGGGAAGGUGACGUGGACGAACGAAGCGUAUAGGGAGAUGGUGGGAGGUACGGCAGGGGAUGCAGUGAGGAUUUGGUUGGAGUUGAAGGAGACAACGGAGGAGUGGUGGCCGGCGUUCACUUGUAGGGUUAAAGUUCAGUACCGGAGCCGGUGGGGUAAGGAGAAGAGCUCGUUGACGGCGCCGUGUGAUGCUUGGAGAAUGGACGGAGGUGGGUUUGCUUGGAGACUCGAUGUGAAGGCUGCGCUCAGUCUGGGGUUGUGCCGAUAAUGAGUCGGUUGCGAUGGUUCGAUCGGCUCAGUUUAAUGUAUUUUUAUUAAGAGAAUUGUGAAUAGAGAGGGUUUCGUUAGGGUUCAGAUUUUAAUUUCUUUUUUUUUUUUCAUUACAUUUUCUAGAAUCAUCUUUUUUUUUCA